AUGCAUGCCCAAGUUUCGGGCAUCACUAAUACAACUACGGCGCAGGUUAAAGAAGCGUGCAACAUCGAAUUGCGGUCUCCUGUUGACCCGUUGUUCCGCUUAAAUACCUCUGUGCUUGUGCUAGCACAACUGACUGGAAAUCUUCCUACUUGCCACAUUAGUGCAGUGACUAAGCAAGCAUUUCCAGAUCUAAUUCUAGCGGAUAAACGAUUUUUCGUCAAUGAACCCGUAGACCUUGUUCUGGGUGGCGACAUAUAUCCACAAAUUAUUCUGAGCGGGCUUAAGAAAAACAUAUUAAACACACUUCUGGCCCAAGAAACAGUAUUUGGCUGGAUAAUAACAGGGCGAACUGAUACCUCGAAUCCAGGAACGAAUAUCGUCUCAUACUACAGCGAAGUUAGUCUGGACAAGCAACUGAGUGCUUUUUGGGAGCUUGAGGAGAUUCCAAAGAACAAGAGCCUUAAUGAAGACGACAAGUACUGCGAGGAGCUGUAUCAGAAGACAACCAUACGAAAUAAUGAAGGAAAAUACAUCGUGUCACUACCAUUUAGGAAAGAUUUUCCAGGAAAUAUUUCCCUAGGCCCAUCCCUUAAAAGAGCAUGUUCUCAAUUUUACCGGAAUGAGACACGGCUGGCCAAGGAUCCCGUCCUGCAAAAGGAAUACAAUAGGGUUCUAGCGGAAUAUGAAACGCUUGGGCAUAUGUCGAAAAUAACAAAUCCCAUACCCGCAGACUCGUCUGAUAAUUAUUUUCUGCCGCACCACGCUGUUAUAAAGGCAGAAAGUACUUCAACGAAAGUACGCGUGGUGUUCAAUGCCUCAAGCCCAACGGCGAAUGGCAACAGCCUAAAUGACGUACUUUUCCCAGGACCAGUACUUCAGGCAGAUCUUCCGAUACUAAUACUCCGUUGGAGACUAUACAAAUAUGUGUUCAACAGUGACAUCGAAAAGAUGUAUAGGCAAAUUCUGGUACAUAACAACCAUACUAAGUAUCAGAGGAUUAUUUUUCGCACUAACCCGAAUGACCCGAUCAGUCUGUACGAAUUAAAGACUGUCACGUUCGGCAUCAAUUGUGCUCCUUAUCUGGCUAUAAGGACACUUUUACAAUUAGCUGACGAUGUGCAAAGCUCCCAUCCAAUAGCAUCUAACAUACUACGAAAAUGCAUGUAUGUCGACGAUGUAUUGUCUGGUGGACACACUAUCGAUUCAGCAAUAAAAGCCAGAGAUGAGAUAUCGGAAGUGUUGCAAUCAGCCGGUUUUCCACUUCGAAAGUGGACAGCCAAUAGCGAGCAAAUACUUAAUGGCAUACCAAAAACAGAUCUACUUAGCGAAGAUUUUUUGGCAUUUGAAGAUACCAGCGCAGUCAAGGCUCUUGGAAUAAGAUGGAAUGCCCAUACGGAUCUUUUCUAUUUUAUAGCAAGGCCAUUGGAGAAAAGCGAUGCUGUUACGAAAAGAGCGAUACUAUCUGCCAUUGCUAAACUCUUCGAUCCGCUGGGGUGGCUUGCGCCUGUCAUAAUUGUAGCCAAAAUCCUUAUGCAAAAUAUUUGGCUGGAAGGCACAGAUUGGGAUGAGACUGUGUCUUCGACCACUCUAGACCGAUGGCAGAAUUUUACCCAACAUUAUAACGAAAUUGAUAAGGUUCGUAUACCGCGAUGGGUAUACUUUUCUCCAACGGAUGAAAUACAAAUACACGGAUUCUGUGACGCGUCGGAGAAAGCAUAUGCCGCCUCUGUGUAUUUGCGUGUCAAAAGAGAUAGCAAAGUUUUUAUUAACCUGCUUUUGGCAAAAACCAGAGUUGCUCCUGUUAAAACCAUAUCGCUACCCCGACUGGAACUUUGCGGAGCGGUACUAUUGGCGGAAAUAGUUGAUUCAGUAAUCAACAAUCUCAACUUAGGGCAUAUCAACAUACAUCUGUGGACCGAUUCCACAAUUGUUCUCGCUUGGAUUCGCAAGCCUCCGUGUUCAUGGUCAACUUUCGUUGCCCAUAGAAUCACAAAAAUUGUAGAGAAAGUCGGAAACAAGAAUUGGCUGCAUGUGGAUUCGGCAUCAAAUCCAGCAGACUUAGCGAGCAGAGGACUUCCAGCAUAUGAAUUGGUCAACAAUUCGUUGUGGUGGCAGGGACCUUCUUGGUUACAAGAAGCAACGACACAACGCUUGAUAAAAAUAUAUCAACAGAACUAUUACAGUGAAGAAUACAGGAAACUUAAAGCAGGAAACUCCAUCGACUCCAAGAGUGAACUCCUACCGCUUAAUCCGUUCAUAGAUAAAGAUGGCAUUAUUAGGGCUGGUUGUCCCGUCUAA